AUGCGGCAAAUGGAAGUUCUUUCGCGAGCUCAUGUGGAAGAGGAGGCAGCCAAGGCGUAUAGCAUCGGGAAGCAGGAAGCUUCAGCGGUGUUCCAGCUGAUCAACCGUGUGCCUUCGCCCGUUGUGAGCGAGUUGAUCAAGGUCAUGCUUCUGAUUCAGCGCAUGUGCGCUGACUGGGACAAGAUGCACCCUACUCUGCGCAAAGCGUGGAAUGCCCGUGACACUGCGAACCUUCACGCUGUGUGCGGGGGUUUCUUGCACUAUGUCGGCCUGUUGGAAAAGAAGAUUGCGAAGCAUGACUUUGAUACCACGAUUGCUGGUAUCCAGGAGCAGUUCAUGUCGGGGCACCUUGACAUUGACAUCUCGCAUGCUAUGGAGAGCAGCCCUUUCCCAGGUCAGCUUGAGGAUGUUGGCUUCCUCAGGAGCUGGUUUGGGAGUGUUGUUGAGGGGAUGUUCUUUCAAAUCAUGGUGUCACAGACUUCCAACUUUGUUUUUUCUACCCACGGGCGCCAGGUAUUUUUUCAGUGA